AUGGUUCUUGUUCCCGAAGCAAAUUUGAAGUCUCUCACUGUAGUAAGUAACAAUCAACUUAGUGGUUCUAUUCCUUUAUCUCUAGCAAACCUGAGUAACCUACAGCUUCUGUACCUAGAUGUGAAUAAAUUAUCUGGUCCCAUUCCUACUGGACUUGGGAAUUUGAACUCUCUUACUGAUCUUGACGCUAGCCAGAAUAAGCUUAGUGGCAGCAUACCAUCAGAGUUUAAAAAUUCAACUCAAUUAUGGAGGCUUGAUCUUUCUUCCAAUCAGUUGGUAGGUGAAAUCCCUGUGGAAUUUGGGAAGAUGAAAAGUAUGCUGAAUUUGUACUUGUCUAAUAACCAACUUUCAGGCACUAUACCUCUGGAGCUUGCAUCAUUCCAUGAACUCCUUGUACUAGAUCUAUCCACAAACAGAUUGAAUGGAUCGAGGCCCAGAAGUAUUGGUCAAUGGGUACAAAUCAAUUACCUGAAUCUUAGUAAUAACAAGCUCAGUGGAAAAAUCCCGUCCGAGAUUGGUAAAUUAGUUCAUCUUGAGAAACUUGAUUUAUCUUGGAAUUUGUUCACAAAAGAGAUACCAUCUGAAGUUCAAACUUUACAAACUUUGCAGAAAUUGUAUCUUUCCCACAAUAUGCUAUCUGGUUCUAUUCCUAAUGCUUUUACAAAUUUGCAUGGUGGAAUUGAUAUUGACCUGUCUUACAAUGAGCUCACAGGUCCGGUUCCACAGAGCCCCAACUUGUUGAAUGCGUCCGUACAAGGCAAUCCAUGUUUGUGUGGAAAUGUUACGGGAGUGAAACUUUGUACAAGUCAAAUUAUGAAGAAGAAAAACGAUCCCUUUCGUCAGAAGCUCAUCCUUGUAAUUAUGCUCCCCCUUAUAGGGGUAGUCUUACUUGGUUUAUUCACGUAUGGAUUCAUUGCUUAUCGACAACAAUGGAAAAAGUCUCCACGUAAACCAUUGGAAGAAGAAAGUGGUGAUUAUUUCCAUAUUACAAGUUUUGAUGGUAAAGUAGUGUUCGAUGAUAUCUUGAAGGCAACAAAUGAUUUCAAUGAAGCGUACUGUAUAGGGACAGGAGGAUAUGGUAUUGUUUACAAGGCUAAGCUACAACCUGACAAUGUGGUUGCUGUCAAGAAACUUCAUUCAUCAUCCGAGAAUGUUGAUCAUAGUGGUUUCCUUAAUGAGGUACGGGCAUUAACGAACAUAAGGCACCGAAACAUAGUGAAACUCUAUGGAUAUUUCUCCCAUGCCCGCAACUCAAUUUUGAUUUAUGAAUACCAUGAAAAGGGAAGCCUUGGAUCAAUCUUAAGAAGCGAUGUCUUGGCAAAAGAAUUGGAUUGGUUGAAAAGAGUAAAUAUUGUAAAGGGUAUAGCUAAUGGUUUGGCUUAUAUGCAUCACGAUUGCACACCUCCUAUAAUUCAUAGAGACAUUUCCAUAUCCAACAUCCUUCUCGAUUCUGAUUAUGAGGCAUGCAUUUCUGAUUUUGGCACAUCCAAGCUUUUAAAGCUAGACUCAUCAAACUGGACCACAGUAGCAGGAACCUAUGGUUAUAUCACUCCAGCUUUGGAGUUGUUGCACUAG